UUGGGUAGUCCAGACGAAUUGCUCAAUUGCCUUCAACACGGGCAAACGCACCGCCAUAAUGGCUCAGGCCGCAAAGAGCGUCCCAGAUCUCGUGGGGUACAUCGCCAGGUGUUACGACGAAAUCCCGGCAAAGGCGAUAUACGCGAUGGACUCCGGAGAGCGUCCGGACGAUCGAGUGCAAGAGCAGUGUGCAGCAAGGAGAUGGAAUGGGACUGCCCCUGUUCUGCUUCAUCCUAGUCCCGAUCGUCUUGAAGCUUAGAGCCAAGUACGACCACCUCGGGGUAAGCUUCAAAGCUUAUGUGGACGACAUCAGCCUGCACUUCAAAAAUAUCACAGCGGAAAAUAUUCAGGUGAUACCGGACCUCGUCGACAAACUAGAAGCAGUGGGCAUCAUCGUCAACAGGGGGAAGAGCUCAGCGCUUCCCCCACCAGGGCACGACGUGACGCCAGCAGAAAGGAGGCUACUUGGCGAUGCAGGCCUACCGAUUGCGGAGGAGGGCAUCACAGUUGUGGGAGUCCCCAUUGGGACGAAUGCCUAAGUCGGAGAUUUCGCAAUGAAAGUGAUAACUGAAGGGGGUGCAGACAAGCUUGCUCGCAUGCUGGUGCGCAUGCCAGACAAACAGGUGGCUCACCUCGUCACAUCACAAUCGCUGACACAGCGAUCCGGAUAUAUCGAGAGAGGCAUCAAUCAUAAGCUAGUGAGAGGGGCUUGUAAACGCCUGGACAAUAUGGUGAUGUGGGUCCUAGAGGCAACGAUGGGGCUCAGAGAUACCGA